AUGUUCAUCACAGUCCCUUUGAUCCUCGCUUUCGUCGGUGCCGUAUUGGCCGACCCAGAAGGUCACGAAUGGCAGGCUCCUGGAGAUUCUGAUAGCCGCGCACCUUGUCCAAUGCUCAACUCUCUCGCCAACCAUGGAUACCUUCCGCGCGAUGGUCUCAACAUCGAUGCCGACACGCUGAUUCAAGCACUAAGCGACGGCAUCAACAUUGACCCAACGACGCUCGCCGGCGCCGCCCAGGCGGCCGUGUCGCUGUCGACGACGGGCAACAGCUCGACGUUCCACCUGCACGACACGCUCAAGCACAAUGCCAUUGAGCACGACGGGUCCAUGUCGAGAAACGAUGUCUACGAAGGGGACGCUCUGCACUUUAACGCGACCGUCUGGGCCCAGACCACGGCGCUCUUUACCAAUGACACCAUUAGUCUCGAGACGGCGGCACUGGCGCGCGCGGCUCGGAUUGCCAAGGCAAAGGAGGCCAAUCCAGAGUACGAGGCCAUCAACAACUCUUCGGCUGGGCUGGGAGAAACGGCACUUUAUGAAAUCACAUUUGGUGAUCGAGUGGAAGGAAACGCUCCAACCAAAUGGGUCAAGGUCUUCUUUGAGCAAGAAAGGCUUCCUUUUGCCGAAGGCUAUGCAAGACCUGAAAGUCCCAUCAUGUCGGAUGAACUGUCUGCCAUGAUUGGAAAGAUCACAGCCUUUAGCCCAAUCGAGAGCAUUGAAUGA